CUCAACACGACACUACGCCGGAGAGCACAGCUCCAGACACCGCCCUCGCCCAUUGCGCCGCGACACCUCGCUCCCAGCACUCAGCAUUGACGGCCAGCCGGUUGCCUUGCAUGGACGAUCCAUUCAACUCAUAACAACAGCUUCUGCUUCGACCCCGAACUCGCCAGCCUGUCAACAUUUGCGCCGUGCGAUACCGAUGAGCUCGACAGAAGCUUUUACCUCCCUCCUGCCUCCGGUGAACGUGCAGCUGCUCGAGUCGCGGACUUUAAUCGAGCGUCGAAUACCUUUCUUUGAGGUGUUUACAGAAGGCUGAGGACAGCAACCCGCCUAAAGUACCGCAACCAUGUCUGUUGCGCCAGCUCAGCCAGGGACGGGCGCAAACCCUCUCGGCGCACCAGACCCCACAGCACUCCAGAGGGCACGGGUAAUCCUCGCACAGCCAGUCGUUGCUUCCUUCGUAGCUGGGGGUGUCGCCGGCGCCGUUUCUCGAACCGUCGUUUCGCCGCUCGAGCGCCUCAAGAUCCUCUUCCAAAUUCAGAGCGUCGGCCGCGAAGAAUACAAGAUGUCAGUACCCAAAGCGCUGGCAAAGAUGUGGAGGGAAGAGGGCUGGAGAGGAUUCAUGGCCGGCAAUGGAACGAAUUGCAUACGCAUUGUGCCCUACUCUGCAGUACAAUUCAGCGCAUACAACGUGUACAAGAGGUUCUUCGAAAGCGAACCAGGUGCCCCACUAGGCGCAUAUCAGCGACUCCUCUGCGGUGGUCUGGCUGGUAUCACAUCCGUCUCUUUCACAUACCCACUCGACAUCGUCCGCACGCGUUUAUCAAUUCAAUCUGCAUCGUUCUCGAGUCUCCAGAAAGAGGAAGGCAAGAAGCUUCCAGGCAUGUGGACGCUUCUGGUGAACAUGUACAAGACCGAAGGAGGCCUCCCCGCCCUAUAUCGAGGCAUUCUGCCCACCGUUGCCGGUGUCGCACCAUAUGUCGGUUUGAACUUUAUGGUAUAUGAGCUUGCGCGCACACAAUUUACGCCUGAAGGCCAGAAAGACCCCGGCGCUAUCGGCAAACUGGGAGCCGGUGCUGUCUCCGGCGCCGUUGCGCAAACCAUCACGUACCCCUUCGAUGUCUUGCGACGACGAUUCCAGAUCAACACCAUGAGUGGCAUGGGCUACAAAUAUGCGGGUGUCGGUGACGCGAUAAAGCAGAUCGUCAUGACGGAAGGCAUCAAAGGCCUGUAUAAGGGCAUUGUACCCAACCUACUUAAGGUGGCGCCUAGCAUGGCGAGUAGCUGGCUUAGCUUCGAGAUGACAAGAGACAUGCUCAUGGGAUCAUGGAAUUCCGAGUUCUUAUGAGGUGCAUGAGACCCGGCAUUCGCAUCCAACGUUGUUGCUCCAACAGACACGAUUUCGAUAACAACUUUCUCGUCGCGACGCGAGAACAGGCAAUGUCUGUUAUAACGAGCGGAGACUCAUUGUACAGUGCGCAAAGAACAUGGACGGACAUCACCAUUUGACUUUGAAGCGACGGCGUUGGCGUUCAGCUGGUAUCUAGCAUACAUCCGUUCCAACCCUCAUUGUAGGUAGACGAAGGGGUGAGGGGGGGAUGGGCUUGUAACAACAUAGUUUGGUCGACACCGCAAAAAACACAUUUAUACAGUCCGCAUUUAAAUACCACAGGAGUAGCUCAGUCCAAUUUGAAGAACUGUAAGCGUGAAUUGACAGGGCCG